UCGGUGGCGUGCUCCGUGUACACGCCCGUCUCUUUGGUGCCGGUCUCGCGGGCUCAUUAUUUCCCCUUGACGAUUAGGUUUAGACUUAGUGCUCGUCGCAUAAAGGACAGUUCUAUUACGUGUAAACUUGAACUUGCUCGUGUUACUGGUGACCGUGAAGCUGUGUCAGAUAUUGGAGCACAAGACUACACGUUUUAGUUAGGUUGAGGUGUCAUUAUGGGGGGCAAAUAUCUGGGCCUAGGACGGAUAGCAGCCUUACUACUAUUGCAGUCAUCAUUCGUGCUUAGUCGAAUCGCAUUUGAGAAGCUGACGGAUGUCGAUUUUUCGGGCACUGCGUACUACACCGUGCGAAACCUCUCGCUCUACGAGUGCCAGGGAUGGUGCAGAGAGGAACCAGACUGCCAAGCCGCUUCUUUUAGUUUCGUGCUAAACCCGUUGACUCCAGUGCAAGAGACGCGUUGUUUAUUACAAAAUGACACCCAAGCCAAUAAUCCUAUGGCUCUACCACAGCGUUCAGUGAACACAUACUACAUGGUGAAACUCCAAGUGCGGUCAGAAAAUCUGUGCCUCCGGCCUUGGGCAUUCGAAAGGGUGCCAGGCAAGGCGCUCCGGGGACUGGACAAUAGUAUAAUCUACACUUCCACUAAGGAGGCCUGCCUCGCUGCCUGCCUCAAUGAGAAAAAGUUCCCGUGCCGUUCUGCGGAGUAUGAGUAUGGAAGCAUGAGGUGUGCGCUGAGUGAUUCGGAUCGACGCACGGCUCAACAUUUUGUGCAACUAGUCGAUACACCUGGCACCGAUUACUUUGAGAAUUUGUGCCUGAAGGCGUCGCAAGCGUGCAAAGGGCCGAGGAUAUUUACCGCGCCGCGUGUAGGAGUCGCCGAAGACAAAGUGGCCCAGUAUGCCGGCCUACACUACUAUACUGACAAGGAGUUACAGGUGACAUCGGAAUCAGCCUGCAAGCUGGCAUGCGAGAUCGAAUCGGAGUUCCUUUGCCGGUCGUUCCUCUAUCUCGGGGCACCUCACUCCGCCGCCUACAACUGCCGUCUCUACCACCUCGAUCAUCAUACACUGCCCGAUGGACCCUCCGCGUACCUGAACGCUGAGCGACCGCUCAUCGAUGACGGCGAACCUAUCGGAAAAUACUUCGAGAACUUUUGUGAGAAGCCACCUGCCAGUCCGAGUGGGGAAUUGCCUGUCACGAUAGAUCACCAACACGACUCGACCAUGUCCAGCAACUUAUCGAGGAACGACGCCAACUGUGACAAGACGGGGACUUGCUACGACGUAUCGGUGCACUGCAAGGAUACCAGGAUCGCGGUGCAAGUCCGUACGAAUAAACCUUUUAAUGGCAGGAUUUAUGCGCUCGGCCGCUCCGAGACAUGCAAUAUCGAUGUAGUGAACAGUGAUCUAUUCAGAUUGGACCUCACGAUGGCCGGCCAAGAUUGCAAUACACAGAGCGUAACUGGCGUAUACUCCAAUACGGUUGUCCUUCAACACCACAGCGUGGUUAUGACCAAAGCUGACAAGAUCUACAAAGUGAAGUGCACGUACGAUAUGAGCUCGAAGAACAUCACAUUUGGAAUGGUGCCCAUCAGAGACCCCGAGAUGAUAUCGAUCACUGCGGCACCCGAGGCGCCGCCGCCGCGCAUCCGCAUCCUGGACAGCCGCCAGCGCGAAGUGGAGACCGUGCGAAUUGGAGACAGGCUUACCUUCCGCAUCGAGAUACCCGAAGACACUCCUUACGGAAUCUUUGCACGAAGCUGUGUGGCCAUGGCGAAGGAUUCCAAGAGCACCUUCCAGAUUAUCGACGACGAAGGAUGUCCAGUUGAUCCCUCAAUAUUCCCAGCGUUCACACCCGACGGCAAUGCUCUCCAGUCUGUGUACGAAGCCUUCAGAUUCACUGAAUCCUAUGGUGUCAUAUUCCAGUGCAAUGUCAAAUACUGCCUUGGACCUUGUGAACCCGCGGUGUGCGAAUGGGGAAGAGAAUCAGUCGAGUCUUGGGGCAGAAAGAGACGUUCGCUGCCUCAUAAUGAGACAAAUGAGGCGCAUAGCCAGGAGGAUGAUAUGAACAUCUCCCAAGAGAUUAUUGUCCUCGACUUCGGCGAUGAGCGACAGAGCACUGACUUCUUACGAUCAGAUAAACCUGGUGGCACUGCAUCGGAAACUAACUUUGGUGAAAAAACAGUUACGAUUGUGGAGCCAUGCCCAAGUAAGGCGUCGGUGUUAUUACUUGGAGUAGCGUGUGCUCUCCUAGUCCUGUUAUACAUCGCCACCAUCUUCUGCUACUAUAUGCGGAAAUGGCUGACACCUCCGAAGCACAUGUCGUAAUCUACUUCUGUAUCCAAGAAGCCAUAGCAAAUAAGUGGUCUGAACGAAUUGUGUAACGUUCCGAUAUCUGUAUUACUGAGGAACUUGUGAUACAAAUGACUGACUCGAAUUCCCAUAUGUAACAUUUUGUCAUGUCAUUGUUCAUGUCAUUAAAUAUCCGUCCAUUUGUAGGUUAAGGAAUAAUUGUGGUGACCGAAUAUGUCGUAUAAAAUGUAACCACCGCGUGUUUUGCAUUUACCUGAAGGUAGCCCAUUGCAUUUUAAAGCAUUUAAUAAUUUUAAGUAGGAAUACGAAUAGAGGUACAACUUGUCGCUAAUAUUAAAUUUUAAUUUUUCUAAUGAUGACGUAAUGCUUAUAUAAUUAUAGCCGCAUCGAAUUUAGGUAAUAUAGUCGAUAAGGUGCCUUAGUAUAGUAUGGAAUGUACUUAGUAUAAAUUCAGACUUUGCAUUUAUUAUCGGAUAAUAAGCGGUAGCUAGAUCAAUUUUGAAACUUUAGCUCUUUUUGGAAUAUUCCCUAAAAAUUUCACAAUUAAUUAUUCUUAGCCUAUGGAUUUGAAGGGAAUAUUCUGAAUAUUUAUAAUUUGUCUAGUUAAUAAUUAAAUUGGCAGAACUUCUCUAGGUUAAAGAAUUAUUAUUAUAGUGUAGGAAUACUUAUUUAAUUGUGCCCAUUAAUGUAUUCAAACAUUUUAAAGAUUUAUGAGAAAAACUUUUUAGAGAAAAAAAUCUUGUAAAUAUACUGUUGUCUGUCGCUUGGCACUAACAGUAAUAUUAUGGUUUCUUUUACGAGUAUAUCUUAUUGGACUUUCAGUUGGGUUUUGUAGAAAUUGGAAUUUAUAUUGCACACUUAUUUA